AUGGUUGAACUCCAAGUGGAACAGGACAAACAGGAACGUGAACUCCAAGUAGAACAGGACAAACAGGAACGUGAACUCCAAGUGGAACAGGACAAACAGGAACGUGAACUCCAAGUGGAACAGGACAAACAGGAACAUGAUCAACAAUUGAAAGCCAAGUUACUGGCUCCACUGAGAGGUAGAACUUUCAGUGGCUGCUGGGCAUGUAGACUUCGUAAGAGAAGGUGUGACGAGAUGAGACCCCGAUGUUCAUAUUGUAUCGAACAUAAUAUAAAAUGCUGUUAUGAUGUGAGACUGGUAUGGCUGGAGGAAAAUAGCUAUAGGAUCUCAUUGAAAAAUAACAGUGAAGCACAAUUGGUUAGGAUGAGCCAAAUGAAAAGGAAAAGGUGCUGCAUUGAUGAAGAUUCAGAAGGCACAAAACAAAGGAAACUGACAACUUCAAACAGUCAGUCCGCUAGAGUUGCCUUGUCUCCACCCAAUAGCGAGAGCGAAAUCGAGGAGGAACCAGACGAUAAAAAGACUCUACCAGUGCCCAUUGACGCGGAACCGGAACUAGAACUCGAACUGGAACAAUCAAACUUAAAUAUAAGAAGAUUACAGACGUAUGAUAAUCAUGUCAAAUCUGUUUACGGUACGGGGAGAGUCAGAAAUUAUGAUCAAAAAUCUGUUAAUAAGACCUUGAACGGUUUACUGAGAAAAUUAGAGAACCAUUCUAAGAACAGUUUUAAAAACAGCGGCAUUUCAACUCACAAAGAGGGACCUUUUUCGGUUUUUGACAUGCAUUUCGAUGACGAAUCAAUCAGCAUUAACAAUAAUAUUCCAUCACCACCUAUGAAUAAUCAUACUCAAAAGAACACGAAUAGCUUUCAAGAAUUGCACGAAAGGAAAGAAUUUAUUGAUUGUUUAGUGGAAAACAAAAUAUAUACAAUUCUAUGGUUAAAUACUCAUGGAAAUAUGAUUUUGAGUAGAGAAGAAUACUGCAAAUGGUUCCUUGGCUAUAUGAAGAGAAUUUUGCCAUUCGAGUUUUGUAAAGUACUGGAAAAAAUCAUCAGUGACGCUAAUCCGUUCAAUAUCUCCAAUUGGCUCAGUAUUAUAAAAAAUAAAUGGCUACAUAAUCCAGAUUGGCAAACUGUUUCGUUCACAUUAUUGACGGUUGUUCAUGGUUAUACCUGUCCUGAAUUAUCGAGUGAACUUGAAAAUUGGUUCUUGACACAAUCGAUACUACAAUAUUCGAUGUAUCCGUUGAUAAAUUUUAUUGUUAGAAACUCAACUAAUUUGAUCCUGCUGUACCAUUGUAAUGUAUUACUGAAUAAUAAUAAUGAGUGCUCACAGGAUAUCUAUCAAGAUGAAUUGACAAAUGAAUUAAAUGUCUUGGUGACCAAAAAAGUGGUCAAUAUAUGGAGGGAUAGAAUUUUGAAGCAACUUUGUUCCUGUGAAGAUACAACGAAAUCGUGCUCGCAAUUGAAAUACUGGGAAUUACAAUUGAAGUAUAACGAGAUUUUCUACACAGAUGUGUAUUCAACGUAG